UUAAAAAAUAUUUAAAAAACUAAGAAAAUUGCAAAAGGUUUUGAUUUUGCUUUCAUUCAAAAUUAAAAAAAAUUGAACUGUGAAUUGAAAUUAUUUUAAUUGUGAAGUGUUUCGAUUAAAGGAGGAAAAAUAAAAAUCUUAACGAACAAACAUUUUUGGAUAAUCUCGAAUAAAGAAGGAAGGAAAAUUGUGAAGAAAAGUUCGUAAAAAGAAAUCAUGAACAGUUUUGGUAGAAUGUAUCCCAACUUGAGUGCUUCAGACUUAUCAAACAUCAUAAUGAAAGGCAAAGGUGUCACAUCAAUGUCGUUGUUGGAAAAAGAUGCUGGAUUUUGUUCCGGAAGUUCUGAACAUGAAGACGAUCAUCACUCUCAUGAUGACUUACACAGUCCAACAGAUGCAUCGGAAGAUUCUGUUGAAGUGAAAUUCACACCGAUCUCAAAGAAUAAAAGGAAGAGUUCCGAGCCAUCACGAGUGGUGGUUGAUCCCGAACAGGGACCACUGAAGAAACGAUUCCGAUAUGAACACAAAUUCGAAAAUGAAUCUCAUCAUUUAAUUAAUAGUCACUUUCGUCCAUGGGCACCAAGCGAUGAUAAAGCAAGCCCAGCUGAUUUACUUAUUCGUCAUCCUGCCGUAACGACACUUCAUCGAGCCAUAACUUCGAAUGACAUUGAACAAGAUCAACCACUUGAAUUGGUCUCUAAGAAGUCUUCAAUCAGUCAAAGUUCAACGAAACCAUCGAAAGCAUCUUCAUAUGAAAGUUCAAUUGAAAAUUUAAUUAAGAAGACACAAAUCAGUCGAAUCUCUCAACAGCAAAAGGCAGAAGAUAUUCAUUUACCUCAAACUUCAACAUCAUCUGUUGCAUCAUCAAGUGCAAGUAUCCCGAAAGCGUCAUCAAAUAAACCAUCAUCACAACGAAACUACAAGAAUAUGACAAGAGAACGAAGAAUUGAAGCGAAUGCUCGAGAACGAACUCGAGUUCAUACAAUCUCAGCUGCCUAUGAUACAUUACGAAAAGCCAUCCCAUCAUACUCGAAUACGCAAAAGUUAUCAAAGUUAUCAGUGCUGCGAGUUGCAUGUUCAUACAUUUUAACAUUAAGUCGAAUGACGGGUGAAGAUUUUUCGGUUGAUCAAAGUGAACCACCAGUUCAAGAUUGUAUCGAUUCUGUAACAAGAACGAUUCAAACUGAAGGCAAGCUUCGAAGGAAGAAGGAUGAAUAAAAAAUGAUAUGAAGAGGAGAAACAGGUUGAUCACGAUAUCAUACAGGGCUCGAGAAGUUUUACGAAUGACUGGUUAUUCGACUGCAUUUCUUUAUUUGGCCAAAUCAAAAGAAAAACAUUUUAAAAGAAUAAGUUAACUGCUUUAAGAAGUUUCAAAAACUCUCAACUUGUUUCAAAGAUGAUGUUGUGCAACUCAUGUAAAUAGCUGUGUCUGAAUGUUAUCUUGUUCAAGAUCUUCAAAGUCUUUCGAAUUAAAUAAAAAAUAAAAAUAAAAAAUGAAAUAAAGUGAAGAAGAAAACAGUACAAAAAGAGUCAUGCUCAAUGUAAAGGCAAACAAGCCACACCGAAUCAUUCAUUGGUGAAUCACUUUCAAAGCGACAAUAACAAAUAUUUAAUAAUUGCGAAUCAAUUGUAUCUUCUGUCAAUUUAUCGAGUGCCAUGUUGAGCUUUCGAAUGGAUCAACGUAAUAGUUAAAAUGCCAAAAUAUCGAUGAGAAAGUGAAAUGUUUAAGUCGCACUUUUCAUGAAAAAAUAAAAAAGAAACGAAAUAUUUGCUCGGAUAAUUUCUUCCAAAAACUUUAGUCAUAUAAAAAAUGAAAUUGAUUAAAAUAAUGUGAUUUGAUAAGAAAAGUUAAUAUGUAAGUUUUAUAAAUAAAUAAUUUCGAUAAUUUCUUCCCAUAACUUGAAAAGAAAUAAAAAUUUGAAUGGAGAUUUGUGAAAAAUUAA